AUGGCCACUAUCACCCGUCUCCGUACCCGCAGCCAGACUCAGGCUGCGGCCCAGAUUGGUCUAGCUAACCGAUCUCCGGCGACAUCGACACCCGACCUCGACCCCGUGGAUGCGUCCGCCAUCGCUGUUGACGGCGCAUCCCCUCCCAGCACCCCUUCCACCCCUGGACGUCGCACUUAUGCGGACGUCGCGGCUACGCCGCCGUCACAACCAUCGACCCCGUUGAUGGCUGCUGACUCGGUCCACGAGGACGAACAAGUUCGUCCUCGUGAGUCGCCUCGAGAGCCUGUUAUGGCAUUGGAACGGCGGGACGAAGGUCCUAGGUCCGGUGAGAUGGAGGCGACCAUUGCGGAUGGUCGCAGCUCCAGAUUGGAUGGGACUGCGGUCGACGAUUGGGCUACCAUACCCCUUCGACGAUCCGCCUCCCUUGAAUCAGCGCUGCAAAGCGUUGAUGGACGAGUCCGGUUCAUCAACCAGAACCGGUACUUGAGACUUCCUGUGUUCUCGGCGCUUCCUGUCGCCGCCGAACCGGAAGAUGAUCGUGUUGAUAGACGAGACCCCGCCGUUGACGAGGCCGAGCGCAACCUCACCUCUGUCCAACGUGCCACCAUUGUCCGUAGAUACGAAAAUGUACGGUCUUCUCGUCAACAUGCCCGUGAUACCGAACCCCAAUCUUCCGAUGAGGAUCGCCCUCGAAGAGAUAAAGGUAAGGGACCUGAUCCCCGUAACUGGGGCAAUGCCCAUCUUGAUGAGGAUGAGGCCGAGUUGGACUUCCAACGCGCAGUGCAUGAGAGUCUGGCAGAACACCGGGGUCAUCGUGACCAGGAUAGACGAGGACCAGUUGCCUCUGGCAGCCGCCCUCGUGGCUAUCAAGGUCAUCCGGGUGAUGGGGACGAGGAUCCUGAUGAUCCUCCACCACGUCGCCUGCCCAGUGAACAGCCGUCUCAUCGUAGUCGCUUGGGUCAGGGUCGAGAUAGUACCCCAAUUGACCAGAUACCCCCCAAUAGCAUUUUGGUCCCCCUCGACGACCUCCGAACCCUCCUUACCAUCGAGAGAUGGGAUACGAUAAUCAUGAUGAGUAUUACCGUCGUGCACCGAUCCCUUCUCGUAACCCCUCUCGUCAACCACCUCAACAGCCUCCUCCUAGGCGGCCUCCUCCCCGUGGUGGCCCGGGUUAUCCGGAAGAUGAUGACCCAUACGGAGGUGGGGAUGACGAUGACUAUUACGAGGACGAUCGGAAUUAUCGGCGACCUCAUCGUCGAGGGCCUAUGA